CUCGAAUUUCUUCCCCUUCCACUUGUCUGACGGGCCCUCGCCUUCCCUUCGCUUCCUCCCCAUCUCCGCCUCCGCCUCCGCCGCCGCGCCGCCGCCGGCGACGACUCCGACGAGCGACCCCUCCGCGGGCACCGGGUCGCCAUGUACCGCGCCGCCUCCGGCCUCGGGGCCAUCAAGCGGCAUGGACUGGAUGGUCAAAUGUUGAAUGUUGCGAUUAGGUGUGCUAGCACAAGUGUUGCACAGAGGUCAUCAGGUGGCUUCUGGACCUGGCUGACAGGUGCACGGUCAAAUGCAUUACCUCCUCCAGAUUUUACACUUCCAGGGGUCACCAUUCCACCUCCGCUACCUGACCUUGUGGAGCCUGGCAAGACAAAAAUCACAACACUUGCAAAUGGUGUAAAAAUUGCUUCUGAGACAACUCCAGGACCAUCUUGUUCAGUUGGAGUAUAUGUUAAUUGUGGUUCUGUACAUGAAGCACCUGAAACACUAGGUGCCACUCAGCUGUUGAAGAAGAUGGCCUAUACAACCACUACAAACAGGAGCCAUUUGCGUGUUGUGCGUGAAAUCGAGGCAGUAGGUGGCAAUGUGAAAGCAUCUGCUAACCGUGAGAUGAUGAGCUACAGUUAUGCAGCCCUGAAAACUUACAUGCCUGAAAUGGUUGAGGUGCUUAUUGAUUGUGUACGCAAUCCUGCUUUUCUUGAUUGGGAAGUCAAGGAACAGAUAAUGAAACUGAAGGCAGAGCUUGCAGAAGCUUCAAGUAACCCUGAAACUUUUCUUUUGGAGGCUCUUCAUUCUACUGGUUAUUCUGGUGCUUUGGCAACCCCUCUGAUUGCCUCAGAAUCCUCAGUUAGCCGAUUGAAUACGAAUGUCCUAGAAUACUUCUUAGCUGAGAAUUACACUGCUCCCCGAAUUGUUCUAGCUGCAACAGGUGUUGAUCAUGAUGAAUUGGUAUCUAUUGCUGAACCACUUCUGUCUGACAUGCCUGGUGUAACUGGACCAGCAAAGCCAAAGUCUACCUAUGUUGGUGGGGAAUAUAGAAGAACUGCUGAUUCAUCGAACACAGAUGUUGCUUUGGCAUUUGAGGUCCCUGGUGGGUGGCUCAAAGAAAAAGAAUUUGUAACAGUAUCAGUUCUUCAGACCCUUCUUGGUGGCGGUGGCACAUAUUCCUGGGGAAGGCAUGGAAAAGGCUUGCAUUCAAGUCUAAAUCAUCUCGCAAAUGAAUUCGACCAGAUUAGAUCGAUAGCUGCUUUCAAGGAUGUUCACAGUAACACUGGCAUUUUUGGAAUUCAUACAUCUACUGAUGCAGCAUUCGUUCCUAAGGCUAUUGACUUGGCAACCAGAGAGCUCACUUCUCUUGCCACUCCUGGAAAAGUUGACCAAACUCAACUUGACCGUGCUAAAGCGACAGCUAAAUCAGCAAUCUUGAUGAACCUGGAAUCAAAGGCAUCAGCAACUGAAGACAUGGGACGGCAAAUAUUGGCCUUUGGUGAAAGGAAACCUGUUGAGCACCUUCUCAAGGCUGUUGAUGGUGUUACUCUGAAAGACAUUACAGCCCUUGCUGAGAAAAUCAUAUCAUCACCAUUGACAAUGGCAUCUCAUGGAAACGUUCUGAACGUGCCAACUUAUGAUUCAGUCAGUGGCAAGUUUCGCUCGAAAUGAGUAGUAAUGUGGUCAUUGUUUUCCUCCUCCUGGACAAGUUUUAACUGUUGAUAGUUUUUCCUCAGGCCAUUCAUUGGCAGGGUUUCAGAGAGAAAAAUAAGGAGCUUCAUACAAUUUUGAUCAUUUAACUCUGGAUGAUUGAGAAUACCAUAUUUUACCUUUUUCUGCAACAUUUGUCCACUUGAGUUGGAAUUUUUUAUGCUGUUUUCAUCAGUUUUAUGGGCCUGUAAAUUUUAGGGCCCUCUUUCGGUGGCGGCCAGGGCCUGUACAAAAUACCGGUCUCCUUGCAAAAUCUUUGACACGAAUGCUGAAACACUUGAAUAAAUAUUCUAUCUAUACUCUUGCAUGACA